ACAGCCAUACAGUCAAUGGAGUCAAGCGGUCAUUGCGACGCAGCUAUAUUAAUAACAAAUCAAGUAUUAUUCGUCUGGGGUGUAAUCUGGAAUUGACGAUAAGCACGAAACAUUGAAAUUGUAUUUUUUAAAAUUUAUGAUGGUUGUUAAAUAGCAUUUUAAACGUCUGCAUUUCCGAUCGUAUUUGUGUGUUUCGUAAACCUUCCCGUACCAGAGGCCUCGUACGAAUACAACAGGCCCAGUUGGCUAGCGAUAACUGGCUAACGAUAUUUUUCUGCAGAUUAUAGCUGUCUUGCUCGCUGGCUACCACAUUUUUUUGCUGUAGAAGUGUGCAUUCAGAUUUUAUUGCUGCUUAUAUGGCGGACCAGAGGGCUGUGGUAAUGCAACAGAUUCUGGACAGGAGCUGCUGGGUGUGUUUUGCGACCGAUGAGGAUGACCGCUCGGCAGAGUGGGUGCGGCCCUGCCGUUGCCGUGGCUCCACUAAGUGGGUGCACCAGACGUGUCUGCAGCGCUGGGUGGACGAGAAGCAGCGGGGGAACAGCACGGCCCGAGUGGCCUGUCCGCAGUGCAACGCAGAGUACCUCAUCGUCUUCCCCAAACUGGGUCCAGUGGUGUACGUCCUGGACCUGACAGACCGCCUCAUCUCCAAGGCCUGCCCCUUCGCCGCGGCUGGCAUCAUGGUGGGCUCCAUCUACUGGACCGCGGUCACAUACGGGGCGGUCACGGUCAUGCAGGUGGUGGGCCAUAAGGAGGGUCUGGACGUGAUGGAGCGGGCGGACCCCCUCUUCCUGCUCAUUGGCCUGCCCACCAUCCCCGUCAUGCUCAUCCUGGGGAAGAUGAUUCGCUGGGAGGACUACGUCCUGCGGUUGUGGAGGAAGUACUCCACCAAGCUCAACUGCAUCUUCCCCGGGAUCGUCUGUCCUGUCCCGCGGAUCCCGGCGGAGACCAGUCCGCUAGCGGACCACGUUUCAGCCACGCGCAUCCUGUGUGGCGCACUGGUCUUCCCCACCAUCGCCACCAUCGUGGGAAAGCUCAUGUUCAGCAGCGUCAACUCCAACCUGCAGCGGACUAUCCUGGGUGGAAUUGCAUUUGUGGCCAUCAAAGGGGCUUUUAAAGUCUACUUCAAACAGCAGCAGUACCUGCGCCAAGCCCACCGCAAGAUCCUCAACUUCCCUGAGCAGGAGGAAGCCUGAGGAAGGGUCCACAGUCAGCCAGCAGCACACCCCCCUCCCCACAGCCCACUGCUCCCUGCCGUCUCGUGGACUUUGUACGCUGCUAGUACAUUCUUAUUGUUUGGAUAAUAUUUUAAAAUCUUAAGUGGACAAGUGUAUGCCUUCGCACACGCGCCCGCCCGCCCGCCCACCCCCACACACACACACACACACACACACACACACACACACACACACACACACACACACACACACACUCACACUCUCACACAUACACACACACAUACUCUCACACAUACACACGCACACAGGAUCAUUUUCCCGGGAAUGUGACUUUAUUUUGUAAUUCGUCGCAGGUUUCAGCUCCUGAAAGAGACCCGUAAAAGGAGGAUUCUUUUUAACUGCAUAAUGAGCACAUGUAGUAUUUUACAAGGGGAUGCCCGGUAUGGGGCAUGUGUAAUCGUACAGGACGAUUUUAUAAUUAUAAAUGAUUGUUUUAUGUUGUAUUUUUGCAGUGAUCUCUGUUUUGGAGCUGGAUUAUAAAUACUCAUUUUUGGUACACGUCUGGAAAUUGGUUGGGACUCUUCUGGAUUACCAUCUUUACUAUAUACAUUGAAUUAAUUUAGCAAGAUGAUCCGUAUCUGUGACUGUUGUUUUUACCGCCUUUUCAGGGAUUUAAAUGGUACUUCUGACAUAGAUGUCUCAGGCCUUCUAAUUAUAGUAAGACAUCUCCAGACUCAAACUGCUGUGUAUUAGUUCUGUUAUUUCCUUCUCUGAUUUUUCGUUGGUGAAAGGAUGAUUAUUUAGACCCAGGUGAGACUCGACAGACCAGUCAGAAGCUAGGAGCAAGCCGGCCAAUGAAAAGAUUAGGUGAGUUCCAGGUGGUGCUGUGAGAUGCAGGGCCAGUUUGAACACGCAUUGCAAUCUUUUGGCUUGGACUGCAGUUCCCUGCCCCCAUUGGUACUGCGAUUCAGAGGUUCUGGUGGGAAAAGCCACAGGUUGGGCCACACACUGGUGGGUGCUUGUGCAUUUCACCAACCCUCAGUGCUGUUGCAGGAUGUCGUAGUGUUGCCCUGACUGGCGGUCGAACUGAAGUGUGGAUAGAAAGACUAGCAUACAUCUGAAAGGGAGCCCAUGCCACCUGCCAUCAUGGAGUUGGCAUGAAGGCCAAAGUCAUUAAACUGCAAUAACCCUGGCCAAGGAAGAAACACCCCUGUACUUUUUCCUUUCUUUUUUUUUUUUAAACACUGGCCUACAUGGACAGAGACUUAAGACUUAAGUUUUGUGCUUUGUAACAGCUUUCCACCUCACAACACUAGCUCAUAAUCCCAGCACAGCGCAGCACAACACUAGCUAAAGAUCCCAAGAUACCCACUAACUUAUUCAUGUUAUAUUGAUUUUGUGUUUAAAGUGUGUUUAGGUUCAGGUGUACAGUAAUUAAGCUGUUGGCGAAAGUGGUCUUUUACACAUUAUAUACCCUGAAGUGUUAAUGUUCAGCCUGUUGUUUUAUAUGUAAAAGUUUUUAGUGAUCACUUGAGUUUUCUGCCACAAAUUUCUGGAAGCCUGGUCCCGGAGUAAAGCUGAACAUCGAACGUUCUUCAGGACGUAUGUUCAGACUCCAUUGCAGAGAGAACUACCUGCUCAACAAACUCGAUUUCUAUUGGCUCAGACACGUUGCAUGGCAACAAUGUAACCAACAGGGGACCUGGACUUGGCACCGCAAGGUUGCAGGUUUGAAUCCUUUGAUGUACUUAUCUGAACUUUUUUUUACUUAUGUCAGCCAGCUGCAAGAUGAAAUAAUAUUGUAUGUAAAAUGGAGGGUCUAGGCCUGAGUUCUCUUAACUGUGCCAUUUUGUGCCUCCAGACUCAUCAGUUUGCCUGGGCACUGCUUGUAGCUUUGCGAGUUUUUUUUAUUGUUAAAGCGAUUCAGAAAAAGCAUUCCCAUCAUUUCACAACCCGCUGAACAGAUCUGUGGAGAAUCCCCGAGAGACUUUGUAAAGGCCAUAGACACUAUUAGCCUUGCGUUUUCUAGGAGUUAGCACUAUCAGUAUAUACAAACAAACCUUCUGAGUGUUGUACUAAAAAGCAUGGGUUAUAAUUGUUACCGAAACAAAAUGCUCACGUUUGAGGUCACGUCCUUUCACGCACCUGACCGUCGCACAGCCCCACUGCUUUCUGGGAUAUCUUGCGAGGUAGCGCUUUCAUUUGAAAAUGGCGCUGUUCCAGCUGCCGACAGCAUAAUAGCGCGGUGGUUUUGCGGUUCAGGUUGUGAUUCCGGUCCCCUCUCACAUAGGCAGGCGAGUAGGUACAGACCAGCAGAGGUGGUAGGGUGUUUAACCUCUGGCACAAAUGGGUGAUAUUUGCUGUAAAAUGGAUUUGCGUUCACUGAGGUGAUGGCAGGAAUUAUACUCUCGAUUCCUUCCGCUUCACCAGGGUGUUAGAACUAGUCGUGACUUUAGUUCCCCAGCUGGAUGUUCAGGGGAGUCUCCUCGGAAAAACAAAACGAUGAUGUACAUUAUUUUGUGUCUUAAGAGUGCUUUCACCAUUUUCCCCGUCCCAUACACACGCAUUCAUACACACACACACAGCGCAAACAUGAAGUCUGAGAGGGGAAACUACUUUCAGUGUAAAUGCUGCUCUUUAAAGUAAGAAUUCAAUUCCUAGUCAAUUAGGUGUCUUGACCCCAUGAAAGCAUCGAAUCACUCAAUUUCAACAGGUUGAGCCCCCCUCUGAACCGAUCCAUCACAGUGCCAGAGACAAACCCCCAGGUCCAGUGUUCUGGUUCUGGUCAGAGGCUGGCUUUGACAGCAAUUACACCGUAUUUUACAAAGUAGUGAAGAGGUAAUGUUUUAUUUUUUUCCUGAAAAAUAAAUUCCCCUCAGUGUGAAGACAGAACUACUUUCCAGUAACUGCAUGGGGCUGUUGAAUAAACUGCAAACACAUGACCGCAAAUGAAAUGUUUUAUUGUAAAAAACAAAAAAAAUGCCAAAAGCAGAAUACUGUUGUAUAAAUGUAUGCUUUGUACAGUUAUAUUGCUUCUGAAUUUAUAGUUUAAUGGUUGAUCAUAAAUGUGAAUAAAUGUAUUUUUCCACA